GGCAACAUACAGCCACUACGGCUACGGGUGUUACGGCCUGCUACCUGCGUGCCCGCUUCUACGGUACUGUGUAUUAGAGUGUACUAGGUUACGUGAAGGUGGUUACGCACAACGUUGCAGGGGCGCAUACCUAGGUAUAAUCCAUAGGUAUUCCGUUCCAGUCGAAGUUGCACCCGCUUGAGGGAUGGUCUUUACCUGUUUCAUGUAACUAGAAGGACCUGUUAUGUCUGAAAACACAGAUUUGAAGUCUGAGAUAACGCCUGAGGGUGAUGCUCAGGCAGCACCGCAUGCACCUGCAAGAGAGUCCUCGCAGCCAAGUGAUGCCCCCAAGAGCUCCUGGGUCAAGUUUGAUGAUGAUGGCUCUGCGGCAGCCACAAUUGAACCUUCACAGACGCAGACAGUCGAGCCCCCAUUGCCUGUUAAAAUGGAUGCUCUGCUCAAGAAAGUGCCUUCUCCUGCCGAGUUGCGGACAGACUUGGGACCCUUGGCACCACCCAGGCCUCCAGCUGCUGGCAGCUUCUCCGUACCCCCUGUAGCUGUCUGCCCUCCUGCACCAGCUAGGCUCAAGCCCCGGGCGUCAGCUGAGCCACAGGCCGUUAGCAACCACAUAGCACCCAUAACCACACACAGGCUGGAAUCGGUUGCUGUGCCCCUCAGUGAGCGUCUGGCUACGAGAACUUCGUCUGCCACUGUCUUUAAUAAUGGUGACAUCAUUGUGAAUGCCCUACCAACUAACAGGCGUUGUGCAUGGAUCACCAAAGCAGAGUUCAAGCCCGAGCUGGUGCCAGAAGAGCUGAUGGCCACUGGUCUUACGCUGACUGUGGAAGAAUAUGUGGCAGCCAUGCAAGUUCUUGUGCACGAUGUGCGCUUCACCCUCUACAAUGUUUGCUACAAGCGGCUCUUGCUGGUCUGGGUGCUUCUGGGUUUCUUCAUUCUUCUCUGCCUGCUGUUCUCUGGUGUUCGAGGCCUCGCCCUCUUUGGUGGUGGCGUUGUCUGGCUCGUGGUCAACGCCCUGGGCAUUUUCGUCUGUAUGUGGCUUAAAUUCAAGUUGCUCCACAUGCUCGAGCGGUGUAUUGCCAGCAUCAACAGCCUCUUCUUCCGUCACAAGAUAUUGCUUGGACUUGACGACCGUGGAAAGAUUUCAUGUCACAAAGUUCACCUCAUAUUUGUCUAUUUUGAUGUUAGCCAAUGCAUUAGGUAUCUAUACGAGAUGCUGGAAAACCAAGACCGUCAAGAUGCCCUUGAUGCAAGGGCCACGGGGGACACCACCAACUCAGCCAGAAAUGGUGCAGCACUAUAUCCAGUUGAUAGGACACGAAUGGACAUUGACAUGUCAGACAUCAUCAUUACAGGAAGCAGCUCUACAACUCGUAUCUCGCAGAGAGAGAAGUAUGCUGAAAAGCUUCUCCUCCGCUACAGCCAACGUUGGGUGAAAGAAUUUGUCAGAAAACGACUAGACCUCAACAUGCCAGUGCAUCCCGAUGGUUUUGAGGAUGGCCCCUGUCCUCCAGCUCCACCUCGCCAUUGUGCCCUGGCACGCUGUCCCUGCCAGUUCAUUGAAGAGCACCUACGUUUUAAGCCUCUCACUAAGUGCAGCCUCUCAGAGCUCUGUUUUUAACCUUCUUUUCUCCGCCUUUCUUGCAUGCCAGCAGCAUCAUCAAGGUUUUCUUUAAGCUCCAUCACUCAAGCAUGGUAGCCUCAUCGAACAAAGGGAUCUGUAAUGUGUUGCCGAACAGCAUGUUCAGGCAGGUUGUGAGGGUCAAAUUGCACACAAAAGUGCGCAAAGCGUAUCAGAAAGAUGAGCAGUUUGUUGGCAGCUGCACUCAACUUGCUAUGGUUGUGACUACCUUGGCAUGUGCUUUUGGAGAGUAACAGUAAGUUUACUGAAGAAAGGAAAGUUUCUGAAAAAUGCCAGGCAGCAGUUUAAACUUGGCACACACUAGAAGUGUUGCAUUGUACUUAAUCCUUAUGGUUGGACUUAAUGUGACCAGUCAAUCCAGGGCAGAAUAACAGGUAGCUUUGUUGCCUAAAGUAAACUAGAAAUCAAGAACGACUUAGAAUUAAGUAUAAGCUUGAAGAAUGUCAUCAUUCAGAGAAAGUAGUACAUGUGAUCUGCCUGACCUGAGUGGGUUGUCAGCACUUCAUUGCAUUUUAAAAGCAUCAAAGAUGGCCUGCUGAGGGUAUCUUGCUGCAUUUCUUUACAUCCCCAUUUUAUCGAAAUGCCAGGACGUAGUGGUACAAUUCUUGUCAUGUGUGACAUUUCCAGUUUGCUAAUUCCAGCUGGCAGCUGUGUUGGAAAGUCCAACAUGUGAUUAUAUGAGUCAUUUUGCAUUGGCAUUGUAUAUUGCUCUGCACAGUUAUGUGGUUUUUGCUAAUUGCUGUUAGUAUGGCUAUUGAAAAAUUGGCCUAAUGUUUACAGCAACUUCUGCAAUAUUUCUGAUGAAGUGCCAUGAUGAGGUUACUUGCAUUUUGGGCUGUGGUAUGACUUCACAGUUUGUCACUACACUUACCAGUUUAUGACAAGCGAAAUUGUCAUUGAUUAUUGGCCAUUUUAUGGUCCGUGACAAGUGCUCUUCUUCGUGUAUCCUUUGGUACCAUCUGCAUGGUUUAAAACGGUGAGGUCAGCAUGUCAAACAUCGCUUCUCACUUGGUUGAGUUUUAAAUUAUGUUAAAAUUUUCCUAUUUUACUGCCAUUUUUAGCAUGAAAUGAAACUGUUAAAAGGCUAAUGGUGAUGCUAGCAUGAUCAAUCCACUUAGAGUGGGCUAAUUGUGUGCAGUUUACAUAUCUAUGUCCCAGUUGUAACAGUUCUGGUCGAUGCAUGUGAGCUGUGCGAAAUUGUUUCAAAAUUAACUUUUUUUUUAUUGUGCGUUUUUUUAGAGUGCCGAUGUCUCCACAUUUUGAGAAGGGAAAGUCUGCUGUUGAGUUAUGCCAUGCAUAUAGUGCCCUUAAAGAUAAGUUGUUUUCUGA